CCAACCAACCAACCGCCAUUAACAGCCACCGGAUCUAAAACAAAACAGGAACAAUGAACAUCAGCCGCAUUAUCCACUCGCCCCAUUGUCCCCCAAACUAUGCUUUCACGUGGCAUAAUCUCCCACUUCCGAACCCCCACCCUCCCUCUCCCAAGAACAACAUGCAAAUACUCCAUCUCCGACCAAGACCUCGAGUCACGAGGCUUUCUCGUCCGCCGCACCAUCUCCGACCUUAACCUCGGCCACCUUAACUCCAUCUUCGUAGCCGUGGGAUUCCCUAGGCGUGACCCAGAAAAGAUCAAGCUGGCUCUGGAACACACGGAAUCCAUGCUUUGGGUUGAGUACAAGAAGACCCAGAAACCCGUUGCCUUUGCCAGAGCUACUGGUGACGGGGUUUUCAAUGCAAUAAUAUGGGACGUGGUGGUGGACCCUUCAUUCCAGGGAAUGGGGCUUGGCAAAGCUGUGAUGGAACGGUUGAUUGAGGACUUGUUGGAGAAGGGUGUUUGUAACAUUGCAUUGUACUCGGAGCCAAGGGUGUUGGGGUUUUAUCGGCCUCUUGGUUUUGUGGCUGACCCUGGUGGAAUCCGAGGCAUGGUUUACUCUAGAAAGCAGAAAAAGAAGAAAUAAUUCUCAAGUCAUCUUUUGAUUCUUCAUUUUCUCCAAGAGCUUGUAAAAGUCUAAAUUCCAGCAUCUUGUGUCCUCUUUAAAUACAUGGAAAACGAUUACUCUUAAGUACACCAAGCAACCCUUAAGUUUGCAGCAUUACCACUUCAAAGAAGCCUU